AGCAUUCAGUCGUGCAUGGUACUGUAUAGCGUCUGAAUGCAGCGGAAAGGUUUUAUUAAUAGAAGCUGGUGAGCUUUGAUUCGAUCUCUACCACGCAUGUGUUGCUGUAUGCUGCCGCUGCGCGCAUCAGAUCCUCUGACCCUACAAACAGCUGCAUUCAAACAUUUGUCAGAAAUACUGGAUAUAAAGACACCCGGGAAAAUCACGUUUAUUAUCCGCGUUUAUUUUCUUUGUUUUCUGCGCAUUGCUCACAUAUAACUGGAAGUCGUCUCCGUUUGGUUGCGUUAUUUUGUGAGAGCUUCAUUGCAUCGCGGUGCGUUACGGCAAAGGCUUCUAGACGCGAAAGCAACCGCGAUCUGCUAUGUGUCAUAGCGAAGAAAGGCAGUAAAUAAAGGGGACACGUCCAUCUGCGUGAAGAGAGAGGAAGAUGGUGAUCAUGGCUUCUCUUCAUUUAUCUGAAUGCUUGAAUGCAAUGGCCGUACCCACCAUCACAGUCAAGCUAUUUCUAUGGGCUUUUCUGAUCGCCCAUCUUCCCUUAAGCUCUGUCCAGUUGGAAAGCGAUGAUGAUGGAACAAACAAGACAUGGGUUCUGACCCCUAAAGUGUACGAGAGUGAUGUCACACAUAUUUUAAACAGCUUAUUAGACGGCUACGACAACAAGCUGAGACCAGAUAUAGGAGUCCAACCAACUGUGAUUACCACAGACAUGUUUGUCAACAGUAUUGGGCCAGUCAAUGCCAUCAACAUGGAAUAUACCAUUGACAUCUUCUUCGCCCAGACCUGGAAAGACAGUCGUUUAAAGUUCAACAGCACCAUGAAGGUUUUGCGUCUCAACAGCAACAUGGUUGGCAAAAUCUGGAUCCCUGACACGUUCUUCCGCAACUCCAAGAAAGCAGAUGCCCAUUGGAUUACCACCCCCAAUCGAAUGCUCCGGAUAUCGAACGAUGGACGUAUAUUGUACACUUUAAGGUUGACCAUCGAUGCAGAGUGCCAACUGAAACUGAAUAACUUUCCAAUGGAUGAACAUUCCUGUCCUCUUGAGUUCUCAAGCUAUGGAUAUCCCAAGGAGGAGAUUGUUUACAAGUGGAAGCGCAGCUCCGUGGCGAUUGGUGAUAUCCGCUCCUGGCGUCUCUACCAGUUCUCCUUUGUUGGCUUGAGAAACACUUCAGAGGUUGUCAGGACUGUAUCAGGAGAUUAUGUGGUGCUGACCGUCUUUUUUGAAUUGAGCAGAAGAAUGGGUUAUUUCACCAUCCAGACGUAUAUCCCAUGUACUUUGAUUGUUGUACUGUCCUGGGUCUCAUUUUGGAUCAAUAAGGAUGCAGUGCCAGCCAGAACCUCCUUGGGAAUCACAACUGUGCUGACUAUGACAACGCUGAGUACCAUCGCUAGGAAGUCCUUGCCCAAAGUGUCCUAUGUCACAGCUAUGGACCUCUUUGUAUCCGUGUGCUUUAUAUUUGUUUUUGCUGCCCUGAUUGAAUAUGGAACACUCCACUACUUCGUGAGCAACCGCAAACCCAGCAAAAACAAAGACAAGAAGAAGAAAAAUCCUCUCCUGCGGCUCUUUUCCUCCAAGCAGGCCCCAACCGUAGACAUCCGCCCGCGCUCGGCCACCGCCAUCCAGAUGAACAACGCCACACACAUGCAGGAGCGAGAUGAGGAGUAUGGGUACGAGUGUCUGGAUGGCAAGGACUGCACCAGUUUCUUCUGCUGCUUUGAAGACUGUCGCUCAGGAGCGUGGCGGCACGGUCGCUUACACAUCCGUGUCGCUAAGAUAGACUCUUAUGCACGUAUAUUCUUUCCAACCGCAUUCGGUCUAUUCAACCUAGUUUACUGGGUUUCCUAUCUCUAUCUUUAAAACAUCCCCUAAAUUUGUUAGUCUGGCCUUAUUUUAUUUUUUUCCAAAUUCCGGCGAGACCAUCUCUUGGAAAUGUGAAUAUAAGUGGAAAAAUUUAAGUUGCAUCUUUUUUUGUUUUGUUUCGUUUGUUUUUUUAUGAAGGUGUGUUUAGAGUUUAUUUAUUUGUAUGCGUGUUUACGUAAUUUGUGAGUUGUUGGUUCAUCUGUUAAAUUUUUUUCUAGAGAGUAUAUCUUGUGCACAAAGCAAAAGUUGUAGCAAAGCAAAAAAACUAAACAAAAUCGAAAUGCCAGGGCAGAGAACGGGAACCUGAUUUGGUGAGAUCACAUCAGAAAUAUUUAGAAUUAGAGGGGCAAGAGCAGAAAAUCAAAGGUACUGCAUGCCUACAUGUUUUAUUUGCCCUAAAGACGAGAACUGCAUCAAAUAAUUGAGAUCUCGGGAAACUUUCCAAUCAGUCAGGCCUAUAUGAGAUAAACUCUAUCCAUAAAAUACUAAAAACAUGACCUAUGAUUAUUUUUGCAUUCUAAAGAUCAAUUGUAAAUUUUUAAGUUUUUGGAAUUUCUAUACCAUUUGUUAACCCUGGAUUUUUUCAUGUGCGGUCAUGGCUGGUAAAACAUAUGUACAAAUGUUGUAAAUAGUUGAAUACUGUACAAUGUAGUGAUAUACAUCAUACUGCAUGCACAUUUGAGGCCAAAAAGGAGCGAAUAUUUAAAGUCUUCUAUUGUCAUUCAUUAUAAAAAAAAGUGUUCAGGAAACCUCAUCUUGAUCACUACAAUCUACAUUUUCGAUUAUUUAAAACCAUUUAUAGAUAUCUGUCAUUUAUCGAUGGACGACAAUGUUGCUACAUUAAACAACUCAAGGAUUGUUUUCAAUUUGUUGAUGUAUUUAAGAAUUAUAUUGGGAACAUAAAUCAUUGCUGACUACAUACAGUUCAUGAGAAACAAACCAAUUACAACCCAUCAUUAAUAAAAUGUAACAUAUGCAAGCACAAACUUUCUGUUUUAAUCAAAAAUCACCAGGUUGUUCACAAUGCUUAUGAAAAUGGAGAUGUUGGGCAUCACUGCUCAUGCAUUAUUGCAGAAAAAUGUGAAACGAACACUAAAACAAAAGCGACAAAAAACAUUUAGGAUCAUUUUACUUUCCAUUGCUUGAUUUCUUGUUUAGGCCAACUCAAAAAGAGCAAACUUACAUACAAGUAAUUUUUUUAUACAGUCUGAUAUUUUCUUACACAAAACAUAAUCUUAGUCUAUAGAAGCUGCAGCAUAUCAUGACUGUACAGUCCGUUUCUAAAGCUGAAAUGCAUCCACCUUCCAGCUGAGCAAAUUUUCAUAUUGUGCGGUAUGUGGAUACAUACGCAUCCUGGUCUGUUUGCAUCGUACGCGUCAGCAUGGUUAAUUUUUGAUUAGUUUAUACUCAUAUUAAAACGAGAUAUCAUUAGAGUCUCUUGAAAAUUCUCCCUUCAGAAAUAUCAACACUAACAUCAUUCCUCCGUUCGCUGGUAAUGAGACACCCACAGACUCAUAUCACACUUCUAAUCAUCUUGCACAUCCAGUAAUAUAUUUAGAGCAGAGCUCAACUUGUUUCUCUUUCAAGUCAGGCUGUUACUCAGUCAUCGGCUCAACAGACCCACCAUGUGCUGUUUUAAUGAUAUUCAUUUUAGAAUGACAUACAUAGUUUUGUCUCAAGAUACACAUUGUUUGCUGUUUUGUGCUGACUUUUAUUCUCAACUUGGUUAACAUCCGGUUAUCAUUUUGUGCCAACCCGAAUUAUACCUUUAAUUUCUUGGAAAUGUAACCAUCCAUAGUGCUUUAUACCUACAGGUACACUCUCAGAAAUAAAGGUACAAAAGUUCCCUUUAAAAAAGGUACACCUUUGUACCCAAAAAGUGCAUAUUAGUACUUCAAAGGUACAUAUCGGCAGUUCAAAUAUAAAGAUGUUUUCCUAAAUGGUACAUAUUAGGACCUUUUUUAAAGGGUACUGCCCCAGUGACAGCUUUGUACCUUUAUUUUCGACAGUUUCACAUUAUAGAAAAGGGAAUAUCCAUGUACACUCUUAGAAGGAAGGUGUUAAAAACAGUACAUUAUUGUUGAUUCUGUUGUCCAUGAAUCCAUCCACCUCUGUGUUAUUAUUGAAACAACACAUUUUGUGUUACUUUUAAUAACUUGUGUUUUAUUUUAACACAAAAUGACACAUAAUGUGUUAAAAUUACACACAAUGUGUUAAAAGCUUAACUCACAAAGAUGUGUAAAAAAUUAACACAUCCUUUCCAAGAAUGUAGAAUUAAUAAUCUGAUGUCAAUUCAAAACAUUAUUAAUUUAAUGCAAGUGUUAAAUGCAUUGUUCACCCCCAAAAUAGCCUACAUUUAAUGCUGCGUUUACAAUAGCCGCAGGGUAGGUAGCAAGCACGGAUGAUUUGCAUGUUAAGUCAAUGCAAAGAUGCGAUUACACGCGGAUUAUUAUUAGCGGGAAACGCGCAAGUUGAAAAAUCUGAAUUUAGCCGCAUUAACCAAUCAGGACCUUGCUGUAGUGGUGACGUGAUUACAGGAAGCGAGCGGAGUGGUGGAGUCGCAGAAGCCUCUCCCAUUACGCAAAUUUUCACAUAAUUUCUCGAAUGACUACAAUUUCACGCGUGAAUGAAGCGAGCGAACUCAAAUAUUAAAUCGUCCAACUACGCGCGAAUAACGCAUUUUUGCUGCCCCAUACCCUUACGAAAAUUAACCAUGGUUUUAUUGUGGUAAAAGUGUAGUAACCAGGUUUUUGGGGUGUAUAUUGAUUACUAUCAGCAAAACCAUGAUUUUACUACACUAACUAUGGUUUAACUAUGGUUUGUGAAAACCAUGAUUGUCCAAACCAUGGAUAUUUUGUAGUUACUAUGGUUUUACUACAGUAACCAUGUUUUUUUGGUUUUAAUUGUAGUAAAACCAUGGUUAGUUUUCAUAAGGGUACCGCGGCUGGUGUAAAUGCAACAUAAUGUGACAGUCAGAGUUAUAUCUUUGAAAAGAGCUGAAAGUGUCAGGAUUUUAAAUAAUAUAACUCUGAAUGUGUUUGGCUGAAAGACAAAAGUGGCUUGGGGGGGGGUAAAAUAUAAGCUAUUCCUUUAAAUUAAUGUAGACGGUUUUAACAAGAUUUGCAGUUUGUCAGUGUUUUAGCAGUUCUUAAAGCAAUUCUCUCUCUUUCAUUUUUAAACACCAAAACAUAUAACAAUGCAUUGUGACAUUGGUUAUGUUAUGAGUUUCACCUUUUGUAACAUUUCUACAUGUUGAUUUAUUUAUUUUCAAAUGCUUUUAUUUUUAGUAUCUGUUUUUUAUUUGCUUAACUUUCUACACUGGUCUAAUGUUGGAUUUAUACUUCAGCAUAGGACUUAUGCCGUACCCUAAGUUAGACGUCAGUUUUCCUUUAUUCUUCUGUUUUGUUGUUUGUGUUGACAUGAAAAUCGCUAGUAGGCAGUGUCUACAAGCAUGUUACUGGUGUUACCCAUCGAUAUCAGGGCAAAAGCAGAAAAUUGGCAGCUUGUGUACGUGUUGGAGAAUGGAGUGAUGGAGGUAAAUAGAUAGUGACUAGGCUCCUCAACCACUAUUGUUUUUACCGUUCUAAGCCGAAAUGUGAAAUAGAUUUUCUGUUAUAAUUUUUAAACAGACGUGCGUCAGGCUAUGUAGAGCAACACACAGCCUAUAGCAUAGCUACCUGUACAGCAUAGGUUGGGUCCUACACAGAAGUAUAAAUCACCCGUAACUUAAAGCUGUAUUGUAUUAUACACUCCAUAAUUUGUAACAUUACAGGAUUACAUUAAUUUUGGAUUCAUUAUUUAUGGUGCUUGUAAAAAAUAAAAAUUUUAAUUAUUUGUAUUUCAGAAUAUGAGAGAACUGCUUAAAGUUUUAAUUUUGCAGUUUCUUGCGAAAAGCAAGUCUGAAAUUUACCAUAAAGAAUAUGCUGACAAAUAGUUCAGAGCAAAUAUAGUCUCAAUGCUGCAAAGUUGCUGAAUUAGUUAAUUAACUUCAUAAUGGUAAUAUUAAAGGCCAACACAACAAAUUACUUUUUAAGAACUAGAUUUGUGUUUGUUUAAUGUGUUUGUUUGUUUAUCUGAUGGUUGCUUUCUGACAUUAUUGACAUGACUGCCAACUUUUGAUCUAACAAUAUAUAUGCCAUGUACUGUAUAGUUUACAGUACAAUGACUGUAAAAAUUGUGAACUUUAUUAUAAAUUGUAUCUUUCACUUUCAGCCACGACACACUAAUAUACAGAGCAACUGCAUUUAUUUGUUAACUCUUUGGUGUGGGUUUGCACAAAAUUAUAUGGAUAAAAUAUUUCAAACGUGAGAAGCUGUUAGCUCCCCCCGGAGGAGGUUCACCCUCAAUGAACUACAGAUUGCACAACUAUGGUCAUAUGUGUAUAAAAAAAAUCUCAGAAACCCGAAGUGUUUCAGCAACGAUUACAAUAUUUGUAAAGAGCACAUGUAAAUACUAUCUAUUGCUACAUAUUUUAUUGCUAGUCUGGGAUACAUCAUUUACCAUGCUUUAAUGGCAGUACUGUCAUGCUGCAAAGCAAAAGGAUUCAACAAAAGUUGUUAGCUGUUCGUCAUAUCUACAUUAUAUAUUUAUUCGAGUCGUGUACAGAACGGACACUGAUGAUUUCAUGUUAGGGUUUGCAUUAUACUUAUAUGUACUGAAAUCCUUUUCAUAAAGGUAAUGCACAGAGCAGUGGAACUUUUUCAAUAAAAAUUGCAUUUAUAAAG